GCCCGAGAACCUCUGGCCAGAAGGCCUUCUUGUCCUUUGUAUGUUUAAAAGUGGGAGGAUUUUCACUUGCUAGAUGGUCUCCCAGCAAACAAAUUGAAGUCUCGCAGAGUGCCGGGCGCUUCGUUUACCCCUCCCAUCAACGAUGAGGGCGGGUCUAUCUUAGACCCAUUUUACAGAGGUCCGGAUUGAUACGGAGGGACGGGCGGAAGCUCCGCGCGCAUGCGCGGUCUGGCCUCGUUGGGCCAACAUGGCGCCAGUGGAGCACGUUGUAGCGGAUGCCGGGGCGUUUCUACUGGAUGCGGCUCUGCAGGACAUCGGGAAGAACAUCUACACCAUCCGGGAUGUGGUCAGCGAGAUUCGGGACAAGGCCACGCGCAGGCGGCUCGCCGUUCUGCCCUACGAGCUGCGUUUCAAGGAGCCCCUUCCUGAAUACGUGCGACUGGUGACUGAGUUUUCAAAGAAAACUGGAGAUUAUCCUAGCCUCUCUGCUACAGAUAUACAAGUACUGGCACUUACUUACCAGCUGGAAGCAGAAUUUGUUGGGGUGUCUCACCUAAAACAAGAACCAGAAAAGGUUAAAAUGAGUUCAUCAAUUCAGCACCCGGAAACUCCUCUGCACAUUUCUGGUUUCCAUCUGCCCUCAAAGCCUAAACCCCCACGAGGAACAGUAGAACACAGACACCCAGCCAGUGAGCCUGAGGACCUCGAGUUCAGUUCCUUCAUGUUCUGGAGAAAUCCUUUGCCUAACAUUGAUUGUGAACUGCAGGAGCUGCUGAUGGAUGGAGGUGAGGAUGUUCCAAGUGAGGAGGAGGAGGAAGAGAAUGGACUUGAAGAAAGAAAGGACCAAGACAGUGAUGAUGACGGGGGCGGGUGGAUAACCCCCAGCAACAUCAAGCAGAUCCAGCAGGAGAUGAAGCAGUGUGCUGUCCCCAAGGACGUGCGGGUCGGCUGUGUGACUACAGACUUCGCCAUGCAGAACGUCCUGCUGCAGAUGGGGCUGCACGUGCUGGCCGUGAACGGCAUGCUGAUCCGCGAGGCCCGGAGCUACAUCCUGCGCUGCCAUGGCUGCUUCAAGACAACGUCUGACAUGAGCCGAGUGUUCUGUGCACACUGUGGAAACAAGACGCUGAAGAAGGUGUCCGUGACCGUCAGCGAUGACGGGACCCUGCACAUGCACUUCUCCCGCAACCCGAAGGUGCUAAAUCCUCGCGGCCUGAGGUACUCUCUCCCCACUCCCAAAGGGGGCAAGUACGCCAUCAGCCCCCACCUGACCGAGGACCAGCGCUUCCCUCAGCUGCGCCUCUCCCGAAAGGCCAGGCAGAAAACCGACGUGUUUGCCCCUGACUACAUAGCUGGGGCGUCUCCCUUUGCAGAGAAUGACAUCUCUAGCCGUUCAGCCACCCUGCAGGUCCGAGACAGCACCCUGGGAGCCGGGAGGAGACGGUUAAACCCCAAUGCUUCCAGGAAGAAGUUUGUGAAGAAAAGGUGAAGCAGCAGCUCCACAGGCAAGCUGGACGGCUGCCCAGGAGACCUGUGUCGGGCCCCGGUGUGCCGGCCCGGCGGCCCCCGGACUCAGGAGGGCCUGACCUCCUCAGCGCCGCCUUGGGGCUUGCUGCGGUGCCUCAGGUUGGGUUUGUGGUGGAGCCUGGCUAACCCCUGACCUGUGCGCAUCCAGAGAACCGGGUUCCUGCCAUGUUGAGGGAGUUUGAUGAAAACAGAGCAAACGGUGCCUGGAGCAGAUCUUCAACCUUUAAAGACAGGAACUUCUAAGUGGUAAUAUUUUUCUAAUAAAUGUGAUUAUAAGCUUCUG